UCCUUCCACCGGGCUGUAUUACGUGCCACAAAUGCGUCGUCCGUUGUCAAAAGCAGGAAGACUGCACAGCUGUCACUAACAUGCAAGGUGUCUAUCGUAAGUAAUCUGAAGCACAGCGGUUUAAGUCUGUGAUUACACGUUAGCAUGAAUCCACCGAAGAAGGGGGGAAAAUAUCCCCUCGCUGUCCUUGCAAGCGCGCUCGUUUCACGCUUUUUGCUUCUUCCAGUCCCAACUGGCCACAACAACAGAUGGGAGAGCCCGAUCUAGACAACCCUGCGGUGCAAAACAUGGAGACUAACGCAAUCCAGCACACACGACGCCUUUGCCACGGUACUAAACCCACGGCGCAACACGUGUAAGCGCACACAACCAUAAUAACGCCACCAUUGUUGCCCGAGAACCUCGCCGCUACUGCGAAAGAAAAAAAAAUUGCAACAGAAAGGAGACCAUACCACGUGAUUUCUCCACACUUUUCUCCUAGCGCGCCAUGUAGCGCGCGGAGGGGAUAGGGCCUCUCCUCAGUUUUUCGUUUCCUCCAAUGUGGCGACUGAGUUUACGCAAAGCCGCACCGCACAAAUCUCGAGGGCCACGUUAUGGUCAUGUUAGUCGCACCGUCACCCGCUAGAUGUCGGCAGCGCGCCGUAUAGUGCGUGCAGUGUUUUCAGGUUUUCGCCCGCGGCGUCAAAAGUCAGCAUUAAUCACUCGUGGACGAUAUCGCCAGGCAUAGGUCGAACAGUGAGCGUGCAAAUAGGCAAGUGGCCCAGCAGAAGCCUCUAGUUUGAGAACACGGAUUUCUCACAAGGACGCUUCUUCGGCUGUGCUAUCCGAGGACGACAUCACCUGCUGUCACGUGGUUGCGAAAGAGCUCGCAGUUUGAAGGUCUUCGCUCCUGGGCGCCAUUAGUCAUUGUUUCUCCACAGCCGCCAUGCUUGGUUCCGGAAGGCCAUUUCUGCACCGAGUGUGCGACUCUGUCAGCGGCGUCAACUGGCGCCCGACGCGGUUCGUCGACGAGCUAGUGGCGGCUCGUUACGCCUGCUGCGUGUGCCACGUGAUUCCGAGCACGACGGUUGUACUUCCCUGUGGUCACGCCCUGUGCGGGCAGUGCCAGCGAGGCUGUGCUACCCAAGAUGGCGGAAACGUCUGCCCCCUGGACGGAGAGCCAUUCUGCGAGGACGAAUGCCAGAAGUUGCAGCUUCCGGAGAGGAGGAAGCAAAAGUUGGAGGCUCACUGCUGGAACGAAGUCCACGGCUGCGACUUCGUCGGCCCCCUGGCGGCACUCCUGGGACACUUCGAGGCAGAGUGCUCCUUCCACGCGCUUCCGUGCGAACGGUGCGGCGGGACCGUGCGGAACUCGGAGCUUGCCGCCCACUACAUUGGCGGCUGCAGCAACGCAGCGUCGUCGGUUACGCUGGGCGAGUCAUCGGGGCAAAGCUGCGCCGUCGUCACUUCCGGUGACGUCACCACAGUUGGUCGAGAACUCGAAAAGUUGGCGACGAAUGUUUGCGAGGACGCGGUGCCGGCCCUUCAGAGUCAGCUGAACGAACUGACGGAGGCGGCCAGAAUGCAAGGCGCGCAGCUGCAGGAGGUAAACGCAGCGCUGGCGGCUAGUCUCGAGACACUCAAUGCCAACGUGGCACUGGCCGCCCAGAAAUUUUCGGAGGCGGUCGGCGAGGCUUCGGAGAUGCAAAAGCGCAUGCUCGCUUGUGAAGCAGGGGAAAGUUGUCUGGCUCGAAAAAGUGUGGCAGGUUCUGCUCCCGAAAGUAUGCACUUGCCAGAGGUGACGAGCACCCUUCGAAACUUGGAACACUUCACCGGCGAGUUGCUCCAAUGUCUCGAACGCUUAGUCCAAGUACAAAUGAAAGAAUCCCGCCCGACCGUGCAGGUGUUCCUUCUCCCGCAAAGUAUAGACGAGCCAACGGGAGCGCGUGCCGACUCUAGCUCGCCAAGCUGUGCGAACGUUAAUGAAACAAUCUAUCAUGUGAUUUUAUCACACCCUGGCUGGAAGGGUGACUGUACCACCUGUGUGACUAGGUUGCAUCGGCGAAACGCGUGGUUUACUAUGGUUAUCUACCGAUGUGAACGGCCGACGAAGACCCUACUUUCUCUGAAAUUCGCUUGGAGCUGCAAGGAAAACAACCGUGACCUUCCGAAAGUCGUUAGAGUAACAGAAUUAAGGGGACAUGAUUCCCGUGACUUCGAGAAAAGCAGUGAUGAUGACUGGGGGCAAACUUAUUCUGUGAAGAACUUUAGCUGGGGAGGAAGCUUUGUACUCGAAAUCGCUAUACGCAACUAACGGACGGCGCCGGAUUCGGCCCGCAAUGAUUCGAAUCUGCUUUGACGGGCUUGCCAGCUCCACAUGAAAGCAUGCAUGGCUGUACCUGUCGUCGCCAUGGUUUGACUGCCACAUUUUCCUUGACAAGAUGUUAAGGGUGUGUUUAAAAUUUUGUUUUGUAUUACUCUCAAUGCGGUAAUAACUUUCACCGUGCGUUGGGAGGCAUGAGGGGAGGAUAAACGUUUUUUCGUGGAGUCGCCCCAUUAAUGCUGCUCGCGGCGACUGCGACGGCUAUCAAAGCUAGACGCCGUCGAGGACAAACUCGCUAGCUUCCUGCAAAUCAGGGGAUGCAAGCAUUCACGGUCCGUUGCAAUCACGGGCAUCUCAUUAAUUUGUUGAAGGUGCGAAGAAACGCUGAAGGUUCUUUUGCUGCUCCUCUGUCUUUCUGGGCGCAGUGCUCACCUAAUAAAAGA